AUGGCUGAGGCCUUGCUUGGAGUUGUGGUGGAGAAAUUGACCCCUUUGAUCCUGAGUGAAUUUGCAGCCUUCUUUGGAAUCAAGAAAAAGGCUGAAGAGCUAUCACGCACUUUGGAACUAAUCAAAGCUGUUCUUGAUGAUGCUGAGGAGAAACAAUGGUCAAAUCGUCCUCUGAAGGUGUGGCUGCAGCAGCUUAAAGAUGCAAUGUAUGUGCUGGAAGGUAUCCUUGAUCAGUUGCCUACUGAAUCCUCUCAACUUGGGUGCUUAUCAUCUUUGAAUCCAAAGAACAUGAUCCAUCAGUGUCAGCUUGGGCACAAAUUGAAUGAGAUAAUAGGGAGAUUGGAUCGAAUUGCUCAAGCAAGAAGCAACUUUGAUCUGAGAGAAGGUGCGAGGGAAAGGCCAAGUGAAGUAGCUGAAUGGCGCCAAACAAGCUCAACUAUCGCCGUUCCUCAAGUGUACGGGAGAGAUGAAGAUAAAAAGCAAGUUGUGGAGUUUCUUCUUAGCCCAUUGCGAAGCUCGGAGUUCCUUUCCGUCUAUCCCAUUGUUGGCUUAGGUGGUAUGGGGAAAACAACGCUUGUCCAGCUGGUUUACAACGAUCCAGAAGUAGGUAACAAUUUUGAUUUGAAGAUUUGGGUGUGUGUUUCUGAGAAUUUCACUAUCAAGAGUAUUUUGCGUUCCAUUUUAGAAGCUAUCAAAAAGGAUAAGUCUGAGGUAAUGGAUUUAGAAGUAAUGGAGGAAAAAGUGAAAGAAUUGCUUCAAACUAAAAAGUAUUUACUGGUUGUAGAUGAUGUAUGGAAAAGAAGCCAAGAAAUGGAACUGGGAUUAACCCAAGACAAAUGGGAUAAGUUAAGGUCCGUAUUGUCUUGUGGAUCUAAAGGCUCAUCCAUUGUAGUAUCCACUCGCGAUAAGCAUGUUGCAACAAUUAUGGGAACAUGCCAACCUCAUCAUUUGGACCGCCUAUCUGAUGAUGACUGUUGGUCGUUGUUUAAACUCCGUGCAUUUGGACCUGACAGAGAAGAGAGUUCAGAACUUGUUGCAAUAGGCAAGGAGAUCAUCAAGAAAUGUGGAGGAUCGCCUCUUGCAGCAUUGGCAUUAGGAGGUGCGAUGCAUUCUAGAAGCACUGAAAAAGAGUGGGUUGAAGUUCAGAGAAGUGAUCUUUGGAGUUUACCAGAAGAGAAUGAUAUUAUGCCUGUCUUGAGAUUAAGCUACUCUUGUUUAUCGCCAACUCUAAAGCAGUGUUUUGCUUUUUGUGCCAUAUUUCCCAAAGAUAAAGUAAUCAUGAAGCAGGAUUUGAUUCAUCUUUGGAUGGCUAAUGGGUUUAUUUCAUCACGGCUAAAUUUGGAGGUGGAGGAGGUUGGCGACAUGGUUUGGAAUGAAUUGUGCCAAAAAUCAUUCUUCCAAUAUGUGAGGAGUGAUGAUUCUUCUGGUAACAUUUAUUUCAAGAUGCAUGAUUUAGUCCAUGAUCUUGCUCAAUCAGUUUCAGAGAAAGAGUGUAUAUACUUGGAGUCGGAGAAACAAAGCCUAGGUGAUUUUUCAAGAAACCUCCAUCACAUUGGUUUUGACUUACAUAGAAGUCAAUUCAAGAAGAGAGACUUUGAGAAAGUUGAAUCCUUGAGAACAUUGUAUCAAUUGAAUAUAGAUCAACCGACUCCAACAAAUCAUUGUCUUCGGGUUUUGUGUAUAUCUGGUAGUAAGUUGCCAUCUUUUGGGAGUUUAACUUGCUUGAGGUAUUUGGAACUUUGUGAUUUGGCUAAUAUAAAGAGCUUGCCUCCUAGUAUUUGCAAUUUGCGUAAACUGGAAAUCCUGAAACUAAUAGCUUUGUGGAGACUUCACGAUCUACCGAAACAGUUGACUAAGAUGCAAAAUCUCCGACAUCUUAUCAUUAAAGCAUGUAAUUCUCUAUCUAGUAUGUUUCCUGACGCUCACAAAUUACGUGAUCUGAGAACACUAAGUGAAUACAUUGUGAAAUCAGAGAAAGGGCAUAGUUUGACGGAGUUACGUGAUUUGAAUCUGGGAGGAAGGCUAAACAUCGAAGGCCUAGGAAAUGUUGGGAGUAUAUCUGAAGCUGAAGAUGCCAACUUGAAGGGUAAACAAGACCUUCGAGAAUUGAUUUUGUCAUGGAGCAAUAGUGGUUGGAGGAAGUCGGUAGUGGGAGCAAAAGAAGUACUUGAAGCGCUUCAACCUCACUCCACACUCAAGCAGUUGACGAUACACGCCUAUCAGGGAUUACAUUGGCCAACUUGGAUGGGAAACAAUUCUGCAACCAACAAUUUAAUUUCUCUUCACUUUUACGAUUGUCAAAACUGCCAUUUACCUCCAGUAGGCAAACUUCCAUGUCUGAAGAAGCUUGUAGUAUCAGGCAUGGAUGAUGUGCAGUACAUUGAUGAAGAUGAAAGUUAUGAUAAUGUGGAAGCAACCCCAUUAUUCCGAUCUUUGGAGGAAUUGGAGGUCCACGAAUUGCCAAACAUGGAGCGGUUGUUGAAACGGGAAACAACACACAUGUUGCUCUCUCUUUCUUACCUCUACAUCAAUAACUGCCCUAAACUGCAAUUGCCAUGCCUUCCAAGUGUUAAAAAACUCGAUGUUUGGAAAUGUAGCAAUGAGCAACUGAAGUCAAUUUCUAAUCUCAACGGUCUUAAUAACCUUUAUCUUCAUGGAAGUGAUCAAGUGUUGUGCUUCCCAGAGGGAAUGAGGGACAACAUGACCUCUCUUGCAACUCUGCAUAUACAUUCUUUCAGAGAAUUGAAGGAACUGCCAUCUGACAUCACAAAACUCACUGCUUUGUCUCAUCUAUACAUUUCGGAUUGUAAUAAGCUGGAGUGUUUACCAGAACAGGGUUGGGAAGGCUUAUCUUCACUUCGAGAACUGUCAAUUCAUAACUGUAAGAGUUUGGGAUCCUUGCCUGAUGGUGUCCGGCACUUAACUUCACUUGAACAUUUGAGUAUUGGUGUCUGCCGAAUGUUGAAAGAGCGGUGUAAGGAAGGAACAGGGGAGGAUUGGCACAAGAUAGCACAUGUUCCCCAUGUACGUUUGCUGUAA